AUGUUUUGCGAGAUACCGAAAUUGUUGCGGUGCUGCAUAUGCCUUCCACUACGAAAAGGUGUCCUGAUAUUCGGAUAUAUAAAUAUUAUAAUUUCGGCGUUUAUGGUUGGGGUGUACAGUUACUCUGUUCACCAUGAGAUUGGUCUCAAAAUGGUGUACCACGGUACGAAAAGCAAGCUGGAAGAUGCAGUGUGCGUUGGCAUUUAUUGCGUAGAGAUCGUGAUGAACAUGUUGCUGGUUUACGGAGCCCAUGUGAGAAAUUUAUUAUUUUUAAAAUCUUUCUACUUUUACGCAAUAGCAACUACGCUUAUGACAUUAAUUCUGGAAAUUAUUACUUUAGCGAGUUCUCGCUACUUUGGAUUUAUGGUUAUGGGAGAAAUACUAGCUGUGUACAUAACUGGGCAAUGUAUACACGUUUACCUGAUAAUCGUGGUGAGGAGUUUGCUGAUUAAGUUGGAAAUGUCAGACUCCCAUUCAUAUGAGAAUCAGCUUCAACAAAUCGUCAGUGGUGAACUGAAGGUUGAAAGUAAUGCAGUGUACCCAAGCACAGUGGUAUCUAACAAUGAUGCGUAG